AUGGCGGCCGACAGCAAUCGAAUGCGCGUACUUCGCCCCCUCCAGGCGUGUAAUCUCUGCAAGACCCGCAAGAAGAAAUGUGAUAAAUCUUUGCCAUCUUGUGGAUAUUGUAUAAGAAAACAAAUCGAUUGUGUCUAUGGAGACGCUUCAUUUCCUCGAAACCCGGCUCCGCCGACCACCAAGGAUGCUUGUCCCAAGCAGCCGUCACUAUGGCACUCGCCUGCUCGUAACAUCAUAAAUCCAAAACAUGCUCUACAGAGAGACGAGGGGUUCGGACGAGAGGUGUAUUCGGAAGUUUAUAGAGUCAUUCGUGACAGUGGACAGUUUGUUGACGACAUCACGGCUCACUUUUUCAAUGGGUUUCAUCACCAGAUGCCCGUCAUUUCGCGGACCUCCUUUUAUAAUAGUUUAUCUGCUUCAGAAGGAGCCUCCUCCGACAGUUCACUGCUCCUCUUAGCCAUGUCUCUCUUCACAAGGACCCCUGAUGCCCAUGCACAAAAGGCCAUCAGCGUUGAGAAGCAGCGAGCGCUAUAUCUUUCCUUGAAGUCUCUUUAUGCUCAAGCUCAAGCUUUCAGUCCGCCCUCUCUUCCUUUAAUUCAAACAGGACUUCUCCUCGGUAUGCACGAGUAUAUGAACGGGCAGCCGUACAAUGCAUUCAUGACCAUCUCAAUGUGUGGUAGGAUGGCUUAUGCCACUGGAAUCCACAUGGCCUGUUCUCUUAAACACAUAAAUAGCCGAAAUUCUGAUUCUCAAUGUCUGUUUCAAGAAGAAGAAGCGGCGAACACAUGGUGGGGAAUUGUCAUCUGUGAAAGAACAUUCUUCUGUGAGUUGGAAACCAACAGCCAGCCGUUGUUAUCCGUAUUUCCUGCCGGGGACGCUAGGUUGCCAAUUGAAUCUCAAGUCCUCGAUCAACUUGAUAUCUUAGAGCAUGGAUCGCUGCCCAACAUCCCGCUUUCUUGUCUUACCUUUCCAAAUCUCGGAGGAUUCAGUCGAAUGGCACAGGCUACCUACUUCUUGGAUCAGCUUCGAAAAGCAUUUGAAGUUGAUGACAUCGACUCUAGGCUUCUGCUUCUUUCCAGGCUGGAUACCAAUAUUCAGGCUUUCCUAUCGCUGGUAAUGCCACAAUGUCAAGAGGAGCCAGGAAUAUACUGCUCAGCCAUGAAUAUAACCAUCAGAACACUGUUCAUACUCCACUGGCAUAUCAUCACGCAGCUAGAAGUUUGUGCGCCAAGAUAUGAGCCAAGGGAUGUGUGGUUAGCAAGAUCGCAUGAAGCGCUGGAGACUGUGGCGAAGAUGGUCAUUGAUAUUGCCGAUUUAUUGUUGGCUACACCUGUUCAGGGUACGACAAUGUAUAUGGUCGACACAAUGCCACCACAAUACCCAUACAUUGCUCGUGCAGUUCUUGGAUAUCUCCGCACUAGAAAAUGCACCGAAGAACCAGAAUGGUCUAAGAAAGCUCGGGAAAUUCUGCAGAUGUGGCUCGAUAAGUAUUCCCAAUGA